AUGGCGGGGUGGGGGGCCGCUCUGCUCGCCCUCGUCCUGCACCUCCUGGGCCGGGCGCCGGCCCGGGAAAUGGGCAGAGGUGGGGCCAUCUCCAGGAAUUCCCCAGGACUUGCCGACAUCCGGGACUACCAGCAGCAGGCCCCAGCCCACCCCUCAGCUCCUGCUGGUGCCCCCCAGGAGCAGUGGCGCCCCCUGCAGGAGUUGCUGGAAAGGUUGGAGGCUGAGGUGACGCAGCUCAAGGAGCAGAACAAGGACCUGCAGCAGAGGGUGAGGCAGCUGGAGUCCUGUGAGUGCCGCCCAGCAUCUCCCCGGUGCUGGGGGCUGGGGCGGGCCUGGCCUGCGGGGGCUCGCUGGGAGCCCGACGCCUGCACCACGUGCGUCUGCCAGGGUGGGGCUGCGCUCUGUGACCCCAAGCCCAGCCUGCCCCAGUGCCGCGGCUGUAGCCACAAUGACCAGGUCUAUGGCAACGGGGAGACCUUCUCCCCAGACGCCUGCACCACCUGCCACUGCCUGGAAGGAGCCGUAACCUGUACCCAGAAGCCAUGCCCAAGGGGACCCUGCCUAGAGCCAGGAGCAUGCUGCCCGCACUGUGAACCAGGCUGUGAGCACGAGGGGCAGCUUUAUGAGGAGGGGGCCAGCUUCCUGUCUAUCUCCGACCCUUGCCUCCAAUGCUCCUGCCUGAGGAGCCUGGUUCACUGUGUGCCCGUGAAGUGCCCGCCCAGCCCCUGCCCUGAGCCAGUCCUGAGGCCUGGCAACUGCUGCCCAACAUGCCAAGGCUGCGCAGAGGGUGGCUCUCGCUGGGAGCACGGCCAAGAGUGGACUGCACCAGGGGACCCCUGCCAGAUCUGCCAGUGCUUGGAAGGCCACAUCCGGUGCCGCCAGCGAGAAUGCUCCAGCCUGUGCCCAUACCCUGCCCGGCCCCUCCCGGGCACCUGCUGCCCUGUGUGCGAUGGCUGUUUCCUGAACGGGCGAGAGUACCACAGCGGGGAGCCCGUGGGCUCUGGGGACCCCUGCUCAAACUGCCGCUGUGCCAACGGGAGUGUCCAGUGUGAGCCUCUGCCCUGCCCGCUUGCGCCCUGCCGACACCCAGGCAGGAUCCCUGGGCAGUGCUGCCCAGUCUGUGCCGGCUGCGAGUACCAGGGACACUACUAUCAGAGCCAGGAGACCUUCAGACUCCAAGAGGGCGGCCGCUGCAUCCACUGCUCCUGCCAGGCCGGCGAGGUCUCUUGUGAGGAGCAGGAGUGCCCGGUCGCCCCCUGCGCCCUGUCAGACUCUGGCCCCCAGCUGUGCCCAGCCUGUGUGCUUGACGGAGAGGAGUUUGCCCAGGGGGUCCAGUGGGAGCCUGAUGGUCAGCCCUGCAUGGCCUGCUCUUGUGAAGAUGGGGUGCCUGUGUGCGGGGCUGUGCUCUGCUCCCCGGCCCCCUGCCAGCACCCCACCCAGACGCCUGGUGCCUGCUGCCCCAGCUGCGAGAGCUGCACCUACCACGGCCACGUGUUUGCCAACGGGCAGAACUUCACGGACACGGACAGCCCUUGCCACACCUGCCGCUGCGAGGACGGGACCGUGAGGUGCUCCUUGGCUGACUGUCCACCCACAACGUGCGCCAGGCCCAAGAGUGGACCCGGCCAGUGCUGCCCCCGGUGCCCAGACUGCACCCUGGAGAAACAGGUGUUUGUGCAUGGUGAGAGCUUCUCCCACCCCCGAGACCCCUGCCAGGAGUGCCAGUGCCAGGAGGGCCAUGCCCGCUGCCAGCCCCGGGCCUGCCCCAGGGCCCCCUGUGCCCACCCGCUGCCCGGCCCCUGCUGUCUGAAUAACUGCGAUGGCUGUGCCUUCAGCGGGAAAGAGUACCCCAAUGGAGCAGACUUCCCCCACCCCUCUGACCCCUGCCGUCUCUGUCACUGUCUGAGUGGCAAUGUGCAGUGCCUGGCCCGCCGCUGCCCCCCACUGCCCUGUGCAGUGCCGGUCCUGCUGCCGGGCGAGUGCUGCCCGCAGUGCCCAGGUAAGACCUCCCCUUCCAGCUGUCCGGGGCCUGGGGACUUAGUCGCAGCGAGCCACCAGGAGCAUUUCUUCCUGCCCGGGGACCCCUGCCACCGCUGCCUCUGCCUGGACGGCUCCGUGUCCUGCCAGCGGUUGCCUUGCCCGCCCGCACCCUGCGCCCACCCACGCCAGGGGCCCUGCUGCCGCUCCUGCGACGGCUGCCUGUUCCAGGGGAAGGAGGCGGCCAACGGGGAGCGCUUCCCUUCGCCCACCCUCCCGUGCCACGUCUGCCUCUGCUGGGAGGGCAGCGUCAGCUGCGAGCCCAGGGCCUGCGCCCCUGCUCAGUGCCCCUUCCCUGCCAGGGGUGACUGCUGCCCGGCCUGUGACGGCUGUGAGUAUCUCGGGGAGUCCUACCUGAGUGGCCAGGAGUUCCCAGAUCCCCGAGAGCCCUGCAACCUGUGUACCUGCCUCCACGGCUCCGUGACCUGCAGCCGCCGGCCCUGUGAUACUCUGAGCUGCAGCCAGCCGCUCACCCCACCUGGGCACUGCUGCCCCACCUGCCAGGGAUGCGUCUAUCAUGGGGUCACUGCUGCCCCUGGAGAGACCCUUCCUGACCCGCUUGACCCCACCUGCUCCCUCUGCACCUGCCAGGACGGUUCCAUGCGCUGCCAGAAGAAGCCAUGUCCGCCGGCCCUCUGCCCCCGCCCCUCUCCGGGACCUUGCUUCUGCCCCGUGUGCCACAGCUGCUUCUCUCAGGGCCAAGAGCACCAGGAUGGGGAGGAGUUUGAGGGGCCCGCCGGCAGCUGUGAGAGGUGUCGCUGUCAGGCCGGCCAGGUCAGCUGUGAGCGGCUGCAGUGCCCGCCCCUGCCCUGCGCGCUCCAGGUCACAGAGCGCGGGAGCUGCUGCCCUCGCUGCAGAGGCUGCCUGGCCCAUGGGGAGGAGCACCCUGAAGGCAGUAGCUGGGAGCCUCCGGACAGCCCCUGCUCCUCCUGCAUGUGUCACGAGGGUGUCGUCACCUGUGCCCGAGUCCAGUGUGUCAGCUCCUGUGCCCAUCCCCACCAGGGGCCCAGUGACUGCUGCCCUCGAUGCUCUGACUGUGAGCAUGAGGGCCGGAAGUACAAGCCAGGAGAGAGCUUCCAGCCUGGGGAAGACCCCUGUGAAGUGUGCAUCUGUGAGCUGCAGCCUGAGGGCCUUCCCAGCCUGCGCUGUCACCGUCGGCAGUGCCCCAGCCUGGUGGGCUGCCCUGCCAGCCAGCUCCUGCCCCCGGGGCCCCAGCACUGCUGCCCGACCUGUGCCCAGGCCUUGAGUAACUGCACAGAGGGCCUUCUGGGGUCCGAGCUGGCCCCGCUGGACCCCUGCUACACCUGCCAGUGCCAGGACCUGACUUGGCUCUGCAUUCACCAAGCCUGUCCUGAGCUCAGCUGUCCCCCAUCAGAGCGCCAUACCCGCCUGGGGAGCUGCUGCCCCACGUGCCGGGAAUGUAUGGUGGAGGCUGAGGGCCGGAGAGUGGCAGAUGGAGAGAGCUGGCGGGACCCCAGCAAUGCCUGCAUUACUUGCACCUGCCAUCGGGGCCACGUGGAGUGCCACCUUGAGGAAUGCCAGGCCCUGUCCUGUCCCCAUGGCUGGGUGAAGGUUCGAGACGCUGGCAGGUGCUGUGAACGAUGCCAAGUCCCCGCCCAGUCGUGCGCGCACCAGGGCCGACAGGUGGCCUCCGGGGAACGCUGGACCGUGGACGCCUGCACCAUUUGCUCCUGCGUGGCCGGCACCGUGCACUGCCAGAGGCAGCGCUGCUCGCCGCUCUCCUGUGGCCCUAACGAGGCCCCCGCCCUGAAUCCCGGCAGCUGCUGCCCCCGCUGCCUGCCGCGGCCGGCUUCCUGCAUGGCCUUCGGAGACCCCCAUUACCGCACCUUCGACGGCCGCCUGCUGCACUUUCAGGGCAGCUGCCGCUACGUGCUGGCCAAGGACUGCCGUGGAGGGGACUUCAGUGUGCACGUGACCAACAAUGACCGGGGUCGGAGCGGUGUGGCCUGGACCCAGGAGGUGGCGGUGCUGCUGGGAGAGGUGGCCGUGAGGCUGCUGCAGGGCGGGGAGGUCACGGUGGACGGGCGCCGCGUGGCCUUGCCCUACCUGCAGGAGCCGCUGUUGUACUUGGAGCUGAGGGGGCGCACCGUGAUCCUGCACGCCCAGCCCGGGCUCCAGGUGCUGUGGGACGGGCAGUCCCAGGUGGAAGUGAGCGUGCCUGGCUCCUACCGGGGCCAAAUCUGUGGGCUCUGUGGGAACUUCAAUGGCUUUGCCCAGGAUGAUCUGCAGGGCCCUGAGGGGCUGCUCCUACCCACCGAGGCUGCAUUUGGGAAUAGCUGGCAGGUGAGUGAGGAGCCGGGACCUGGUCGGCCGUGUUCCAAGGGCCGCGAGGUGGAUCCUUGCCGAGCAGCAGGUUAUCGUGCCAGGCGCGAGGCCAACGCCCGGUGUGGGGUGCUGAAGUCCUCCCCGUUCAGUCGCUGUCAUGCUGUGGUGCCACCGGAGCCCUUCUUUGCUGCCUGUGUUUACGACCUAUGUGCCUGUGGCCCUGGCUCCUCGGCUGACGCCUGCCUCUGUGAUGUCCUGGAAGCCUAUGCCAGCCACUGUCGCCAGGCAGGGGUGACACCUGCCUGGCGGGGCCCCACGCUCUGUGUGGUGGGCUGUCCCCUGGAUCGUGGCUUCGUGUUCGACGAGUGCGGCCCGCCCUGUCCACGCACCUGCUUCAACCAGCAUGUCCCCCUGGGAGAACUGGCCGCGCACUGUGUGAGGCCCUGUGUCCCUGGCUGCCAGUGCCCCGCAGGCCUGGUAGAGCACGAGGCCCACUGUAUCCCGCCUGAGGCCUGCCCCCCAGUCCUCCUCACUGGGGACCAGCGUCCCAGCGAUCUGCUCAGCCCCAGCCAGGAGCCCUGAGGGGCACCCUGAGCCAGGAUGACACCAACCAGGACUCGUCAGACCAGAGGCCCUUCC